UUGAUAAUGGAAUAGUAAUAAACAUCUUAUAUAAAUGCUGCAAUGUUUAUACUGGAUACUGCUAACCAUUAAAAAAUAGAAUGUGAAAUAAAAUGUAUCACGCAAAAGUAGCAUGCUGCGUCAUUUUUAUAUAAUGUCAUCAUAAUGCAUCUACAGAACCAAUUUUGUAGGCCAUUCUAUGUAUAUAGAAAAAGUGCAUGUUGUGCACAAUAUACUCUACAUCUCAAAGACUUAAUUCGGCUGCAUUUUACCUCUUUUUUUGAUAAAAUUCUAUAAAAACGGUAAUAUUGGGAUAUAUUUUUUGUUUAAAAUGACAUGUUACUUAUUUAAUGUUAAAAAAUUGAUUUUUCAGCAUCAUUGCACUAUUCUUCAGUGUCACAUGAUCCUUCAGAAAUAAUUAUGUUAUGCUAAUUUGGUGGUCAAAUAACAAUGUUGAAAACAGUUGUACAGCUUCAUACUUCUAUGGAAACACUUUAGAUUCUCUGAAUAAAAUAUAAAGGAUUGAUUUUAUUUAAAAAAAUAAUUGAUUCAAAAUUUGAACAGUAGAAUUCAUAUUAUAUUCUGAAAUGAGGUAUGGUAGUGUUCUUUUCUGAACAUAGCCAUGCAUUGUAUUUACAUGCAGUGAAACCUCCUAUACACCAGGUGGCGCAAUUAGCUGCAUGAUCCCAGUACAGUUCUUACCAGUAAUCUUCUUAGUUACAGUCCCCCUCCCUCUCAGCCAUCUGCAUCGGCUCAGAAGUUCAUUUUCUAACUGAGGGCUAAAGAAGAGAUCUGUUCAUCUAACUCAGUAUGUAUAAAGCUUUUGACAGCCGUUGGGAAAAUGAAAGCAAGGACGAUGAAGGAUCACUGUCUUCUUCCUCCUUCUGGACGGAUCAGGAAAGUGAAGGGGAAGACAGGGACUGUGUUAAGAAAGAAAACAGAGCGAAUGAGAGAAAGUCUGAAGAAGACAGUAAGGAUGUCAAGGAAAGCUUUUUAAUGGGAGGUGAUAUAAAGAAGAGGGUGAAGGAGAAUGAGACGGGGAAGGGGAAAUAUCCUGAGGAAGAUGAGAGAGAAGUAGAGAGAGAAUGUUUCAUAGAUGAGGAAAAUGAAAACGGCAUAGAGAUGACAAGAACAAGGCAAGAAGAGGAGGAAGAAAGUGAAGAGGAGGAGGAGGAAGAAAGUGAAGAGGAGGAGGAGGAAGAAAGUGGAGAGGAGGAGGAGGAGGAAGAAAGUGAAGAGGAGGAGGAGGAAAGUCAGGAGGAGGAAAGUGGAGAGGAUGAGGGAGAAAGUGAAGAGGAGGAGGAAGAAAGUGAAGAGGAGGAGGAAGAAUGUGGAAAGGAGGAUAAUGAAAGUGGAGAGGAGGAAGCAGGAAGUCGAGAUGAGAAAGAAGAGCUGUGUGAACAACAGACAGGAAAUGAAAAGGAGGAAGAGGAGGACGCAGAAGAAAGUAAAGAGGAGAUAAAAGGAAAAGAGCUUGAAGACAAAGAAGAAUUUGAGCUGUGUGAACAGGGGGAAGGGAAUAAAAAGGAAGAGGAAGAGUCUGAAGAAAGUGAGGAGGAAGAGGAUAGGAGUGAGAAGAAGGAAAACGCUGAGGAAAUUAAAGAGACAAAAGCCCUAAGUGAUGAUUCAGAGGGCGAGGAAGAUCAGGAGAGUUUGAAGGAGAGUGAAGAAGAGCAGUCUAUUUCAAAAGAAGACUCAAAGUGUCCAGGUGAAUUAUCAGAGUGUGAGGAAAAGAAAGAGAGCUUCACCAAGCAAGAGAACACAAGAGGAGGUGGAGAGGAAAAUAGACAUUGUUCAGGGGAACAGGAGGAAGAUGGUGAAGACACUGAGGAAAAAAUAGAUGGCUGUAAAUCUUUGGUGAAAGAAGAGAGAACAAGAAAUUCUGAGAGCGAGGGAUCAGAGAAUAGCAAACAGAGAGCACCUAACAAUGAGGAAGAAGAGCAAAAAGACAGUACAGCGGAAAAAAGCGAUGAGAGGAAUUGUGGAAAUGAAUUUGACGAAGAGAUUGAGAUUGGAAAGAGCACGCCUGGAGCAGAUGAAUGUGAUAACUGGAUGGAAGAAGUGAAACUCUGUGAAGAGGAUGAUGAAGUAUCAAAAGGAGGCAGUGAGGAAGAAGAGGAGAGCGAGUGGUUUUUCAAAGAACCUGUGGAGGAGAAGAAGGCUUGUGACCAGGACAGGAAGUCAUGGGCAAGUGAUGAUGACUAUGUAACAAUAGCCAGUGGCCAUUCACAGAAAGAAGAGGAAGAGAAUGAUAACAUGAUGUCUGCUUGGGAGCAAGAGUGGGGUGAUGAAAAGCAGACGAAGGAAACUAGAGACAUUUAUGUUGAGGAUUUUCAUGAAAGUCUGGGCAGCCCUGCGGCAAGCGUGUUAACUUCCGGUUACGGCACAUACAGACCAGACUCGCCUAAAGACGGAGACCCAGAGGAAGUGGAUUAUAGAGACGACUGCACACUGGGUGGAUUAGAAGAAGAGAGCCAAUCGGUCUUAGAUGCUGGUGAUUACGAGGCUGACAGCAGUCCGGCGUGGUUCAGAGAAACAUCUGAUGGACGAGCUCCCGCUGAAUCACCGGAUGCUAGUCGCGAUGUAACCGUCUGCACUGAUGAAGAUGAUGUCCGCCGGUCUCCUGAUCAAACCGAGCAGCACCAGAGUCCCACAGAGAAUGACUCUGGAACUGGAGGCUCUGAGAAUGUGUUGUAUUUCAGUGACGGCUGGGACAGUCUUGACCACCCCUUUAAUUUGAGGCACAGGAGAGGCAUAGUUCAAAAGAGACCCGAGGAGAAACAGUACGAUGAUGAUUAUGAUGACAGCAAGAAGAGAAGAAAGGAGAAAAGAGUCCGAGCUCAUACUGGCUGCCUCGGUACAGUCAGUGAGCUGGAGGAGCGUUUGGACCGAAUGCGGAUUGGUGCAUCUCGUGUGCACUACGACUCGGAGAGUGAAGCAGGCGGGAGCUAUACGGACAGAUCCAGCUCCGUGACGGAGGAACCACCGAGUGCUUUCCAAGAAUACAUCAAAGGCAUGACACGAUCACACAGUGAAAGUGAUAUCCGACCACGUCCAAAGUCAUUUAUACGGCCAAUGUUUGAUCAUCCUCACACAAGGAACUUGAAGAAAACUGAUCCAGUGGCAAAGUAUUUCCAGUAUAAGCAGGACUGGGAGCUGUUUAAACCUCCAGGAGAGAAGAGCAGGAAGGAGCUGCACUGGGCCAUCAGGGAACAACUUAUGUAUCAGCCUCCACCAACGAGACCUCAGAAGACGUACAUCCCCAACAAUUAUGUGGUUCCAACAGAGAAGAAGCGAUCUGCACUAAGAUGGGAGAUCCGUCAUGAUUUAGCACAUGGCAUUAUCCCUCCAAAAAUCUCCUAUCCCUAAAACAGAGAAUCUUCCACCUAUGCCUUAUCUUUUAUAUAUGCUUAAUGCUAUUAUUUAUUCAUGAUGUUGAUUUUUUUUACACUAUUGUGCAUGUGAAAUGAGACCUCAAGAUCAUUGUUUUUAUGAAAUAAACAUUUUAAUAGGUUGAA